GCCGGCGGCGCCGCGCCGAACGCCGCCAUCCCGCUCUCCCGGCCUAGGCAUCUGGAGGAUACUGCCCGGGCCGCGCUGUUCCCGCCGGUGGGGGGAGGGGAGCCACCCGCGCCGCCGCCACCGCCGCCUCCCCCACAGCCUCAGCCGCCGGCACCGGCGUCACGCGCCCCGCCACUGCUGGCGUACGAGGAGUUUCAGAGCGCACGCCGACCGCGCCGCGUGGUGGCGCCGCCAGCGGACUCUGUCCGACUCGUGCACCUCGGUCUGGAUGAGUCCUCAGACGCCUCAGACGACCAGGAGCCCCCGCCGGUCGGCCCUGAGGACGCCCUGUCCCGCGGGGAGGAGCCGCCGCCGGCACUGGAGGAGAGCGAACCGCAGCAGGAAACCGGAGGAACGGAGGGCGGCGCGUCCGGCCCGCCGCGGCCACCGACCAGCGUGGGAGCUGACAGCGAGCCGCCCACCCCGCGGCCGGCUGAGCCUGAUGAGACGGCAGGGCAGGGCGGACAGGGCGGCGGUGAGGCGGGAGGAGCGAGACUGGCGGCCGGGGCCGACACUGACGGCGCGGGGCCGCCGGACAGACAGUCGGCUGGUCGCGCCACUGACGUCAGAGGGAGCUCCGGUGGCCGUCGGGGAGCGCGGUCUGCGCCCGCUACCGGCGGCAGAUCUGGUGGUGACCGUCGCCGUACAGACCGCGCUGCCGCCGGUGUCCGGCGUACUCCCUCGGCUGGCGGGGACGCGCGCCGCUCCCCCGGCCGUGAGCCGGCGGUACUGCGUCCGGCGCCAUCCGUCGGCGGCCCGGGGGUCCGGUGGCGCGACGGUCCGCCCGCCGUGCCGGCGACAGGCGGACACCGGCCGCGGGCCCGCUCUGAUGUCAGAGCUGACGUCACGUGGGUGCCGAUGGACACGGGUGUGUUCAGCUCGGCGGGCCGUCAGCGAACCAGUGGCGAGACAAAGAGGAAACUGGAGAUCAACGCCUACAAAUUGAUCCAGGAGGUGGUGGCCGCCUCCAUGGCCGGCUGCGGAGACUCGCCCGGCUCCAGUCGGUCCGAUGACGUCAAAGGGUCCUCCGAGUCGGUCCGGCAGACUGCCCGCUCGCCGGCGGCGGUGGCGGCUGACGCGCUGGCCGCCGAGCUGGGCCGAGCUGUGGCCGACCACCGGCUACCCACGGCUCAGUUCAGCUCGUGUUCCUCGCGGAGCGGCGGCCCGUCCCCCUCGGAGGAGGGCCAGGCGGUGGGUGGACCGACCGGGGUCGAGGCGGCUGCCGAGAGAGCGGGGGCCGGUCAGACUCUUCAGCGGCAGCCGCUGCAGCAGGGGGAAAAACAGCAGCCGCAUCAGCAGCAGCAGGGAGAACAGUUACGGCAGCGUCAGCAGGAGUCACAGGAACAGCAGAGGCAGCACCAGCAACAGCAGCAGCACCAGCAGCACUUGCUGUAUCAGCAGCCACAGCAGCACCACCAGCAGCAACAGCAGCACCAGCAGCACCAGCAGCAGCAACAACACCAGCAAGAGCAGCACCAGCAGCCACAGCACCAGCAGGCGAACCGUCCGCGGGAGGACGGGGACCGCCCCGGUCAGAGGCAGAGCUCGCCUCCCUCGCCUCCGCCGAAGCCGCCGCGGGCGCUCCCCGCAGUCGAGUCCCGCUCCGACCCGGCUGAGACCGUCUCCGAGGCUACCGGGCCCCCCUCGGAGGUGUCUCCGUCGGUGGCGCUGCCGUCACUGUCUCGCUCGGCGCCGCCGUCUGAGGGCCGGUCGGCGGCCGCUGCCGCGGUGGACAGUGACCCCGACCCCGACCUGGAGUGGCUGCAGCGGCACGCGCCGGUCGGCGGCAGCGGCGACCACUCGGCGGCCGAGACGGACGACCAGGUGUCUGACACGGCGCUGGAGUCGGACAGCGCCGGGCUGCUGCCAGGCGGGGAUAGCGACUCGCCGGCGGAGGGAGAGCGGCACACCGAGUCAAACGGCAGACAACAGGCGACGCCGGGCACGGCGGUGUACCAGCGGACGGUGACGGAGCCGCCGUCCGCCGGCGGCUGUCUGACCACCCCGCCGUCCGCCGGCGGCUGUCUGACCGCUCUGCCCGCGGCCGGGAGGACGCUCGGACGGCCGCCUCAGCCGCCGCUCAGUGCGCUCACAGACACCGUGAGCAGCACUGGCUGCGGCUCCAGUAGCGGCUCCAGCGCCGUCACCAGCCCCGGCGGCAGGGGGACGCCCAAGGGCGGCCGACGGACACGCCCCGCCGCCGCCGCAGUAGCACUGUCUCCCGCCCCGACCGGCCGGGCCGCCCCCGCCCCGGCGGUUCGCGCACCGGCGGCGGCUCCCCGCUGGGCGGACCGAGCCCCGGCGGCCGGCGCGGCGCAGGUGGCAGUGGAGAGGACGGCGCCGGGACGAUCGGAGACGGCCAUCCAGACAUCGCAGAGUCUGCUGCCGGCAACAGUCGUGUCACCGCAGUCAGAGGAUGGCUCCAGCUCCGCGCUGCUGCAGUCGGGCUGCUGUCAGACCACGCCGCCCGCCGGUCUGUCCGCCGCCUGCCAGACCCAGCCGGAUAGCCCGGAUCGGCAGCAGGCCGGCUGUCAGACGGAGACACCUGGCGGCGCGGCGGGAAACCUCAGUCUGCCGCCGAGUCCGCCUGGCGGCGCUACCGGUCACCGGCCCGCGCAGAGGACUGGAGGGGAUGGCUCUCUGUCGCGGAGUGACUCGUCGGGGCACAGGUCCACCGCCUCCGGCGAGGACCUCUCUGAGGGGGAGGUACUCCUUCCCGCCUGGCUGCGCUGGGUCGGUGCCGCCGGCUCCGCCACCACCGUGCGUUCCUCGGCGGUGACACUGGCGGCUGCGUCCCGGCACACCAUCGGGAGCCAUCUGAAAGAACAGGAGGCUGCGGAAACGACGCUGAGCGAAGGUGAGGUGACGGGAGACAUGGUACCGGUCGGCACCUUCCCUUCAAUGUCUACACUGGGACCGGCUCGGUCUGCCCUGGGACCGGGACUGUCAGGGACCACUCUGGCACCGUCAGGAACCACCCUGGGACCAGGACCGUCAAGGACCACACUGGGACCAGGACCGUCUCGGUCCACCCUGGGACCGUCUGGGAGCCAUCUGAGCGCCGGCCAGCGUCGCUCCAGUCACCUGUCGACAGGCGGCAGUCACCUGGCGGUGAGUCGCGGUCAGCUGGUGGCCGGUCGCGGUAGUCUGCCGCGCCCUGUGCCCUCUGUGGACAGUGUGCCGGCGGCGCGGACGGCCUCAGACUCCCGGCUGAGCGCUGUCCGUACCGGCCCCGGUCCGCAGAGUGCCGCCCGCUCAGAGGUGUCGGGCAGACCGGCGGCCCGGGCGGCCAGCUCCCCUCGCCUGUCCACGGUGGGUGAUCGGCCGUCGGCGCGCCGCCGCCGCUCCUGGGCCGCCCCCGCCCCCGCCGGGGCGGACCGCCCGCCGGAGCCGGGGGACCUCAGUGAUGGGGAGGUGUCUGGGUCAGUACGGGUGCGUCACGUGCACAUCCGGCCGGUGCGGGCCGGCCCGACGUUCGAGCUGGGCGAGGAGGGCGGGCCGGCGCCGGCCAGCGAGGGACUCUGCUCAGAAGGAGAGGCGGCCGAGGAUGGCGGCCUCUGGACCGACCAGGCCUCGCUGCACCAGUGACACGGCCGCCCGGUCCCCUCAGCAUCUCACACGACCCAGUGAAAGGACUAAGUUAGUCCUCAGUGACGCCGAAGUUCACUCAUUCCGUCCGUUUCGCCAGCUAUCUAAAGCUAUAUGCGCAUUGGGCUCGCGCUCGUCUUUCACCAGUAUUUUUGUCCCUCGUUUUGGCCAGUGUUGAGUGCGGUGUUUCUGUAAUGAUCUGUUUUGUAUUUGCAUGUGACAAGCAGGCUACCUCACUGGUGUGGAUAUUAUUUGCUUUGAUGUUGUCGGCCUCAUGUCUGUGCUUUAAACGAGUGCCCGCACUGCCAGUGAAAAGUACAAUCCCUGCAGUUUGUUUUA